AAAGAAUACGCGAAAAAAAUUAUCAUGAUACGUACGAAUUAAUAUUUUAAAGCUUGUUUCUGUGAGGGAUAAAUUGAUAAAACACCAAAGUUUAUAAUGGUGAAGAAAAUAUUAAUACGUUGAUUUAACAUCAUCUAAAAUGCAAUAAUUAAAUUUUGUUGUAAAAAUGUUUGAUAAAUGUCGGAUUUAUAGUUUGUUAGAUAAAAAAUAAUUAAUAAGUAAAGAAAAAAAUAUUGUAGGGUUAACGUUUGUGCUGAAACCUUUUUAACACCGAUUUACUGCCACUUAAAACAGUUUUGCUACAUGCACUAUUAACAGAAAUGGAUCUUGCCUGAAGCACUUUAUUGGCCAAUUUCGCUUGUUUAAAUUAAUUCUAGCCAUAUCUAAGUGCAUGUUACAAAUUGCUGCAAUCGAAGUUAAGAUAUAGGAGGUCAACAUGUUUAGAAUCUGUAAUAUAAAGUACUUGUGUGGCAGUUUGAUCUGCCUUUUGUUUUCUUGUAAUAUGGUUUCUUGCAACUUGAUUGAGGUCGACAAAAACAUUUUAGAGGAUGCCAAUCUAAUCACGGUAAAUAGCCUGAUCUAAUCAAAAAGUAUGGAUAUCCGGCGGAAACCCAUAAGAUACAAGCAAAGGAUGGCUUUGUCCUCACGGCCCAUCGAAUUCCAAAGCCCGGCGGACAACCAGUUUUGAUGGUACAUGGCCUACUGGAUAGUUCAAUUGCAUAUGUGAUUUUGGGACCGGAAAGGUCCUUGGGCUUUAUGCUCAGCGAUUUGGGGUACGAUAUUUGGCUGCUCAACACCCGGGGAAAUCGAUAUUCGCGCAAGCACAAGCGAUUCCAUCGAUACCAGCCGCAGUUCUGGGAUUUCUCGUUUCACGAGCUCGGGAUCUACGAUCUUCCUGCUGCUGUGGAUUAUGUCCUUGCGAGGAGCAAGGGUUUCGAGCAGAUCCACUACGUCGGUCACUCGCAGGGCACAACAUCCUUCUUUGUGAUGGGCAGUGAGCGACCUGCCUACAUGAAAAAGAUCAAAUCAAUGCAGGCCCUGGCUCCGGUGGCAUAUUGGGACUACAUCGACUCACCCAUUAUCCUAACUUUUGUAAAAUACCUACGGCCCUUCACACUUAUUGCUAAAUUGUUUGGCAUCUACGAAUUUCUACCGGAAAACGAUGUUUGGCGAAGACUUGGUAAUAAGCUUUGCAGCUUUGUGUUUCAAAACACUUGUGCCUACUUCAUCCAGGAGGUUAUGGGCGUGGAUUUCAAACAGUUCAAUACCAGCCUGGUGCCGCUUUUCACGGGACAUGCAUCCUCGGGAUCAUCUGUAAAGUCCCUGUGGCACUAUGGUCAACAGAUCCACAGUGGUGGGUUCUUCAAGUACGAUUACUACAACUCCUGGGAGAAUCGAAGAAGACACGGCGCCGACACUCCGCCACAGUACAAAGUGGCUAACGUUGAUUGCAAAGUGGCACUGUACUACAGUAAAAACGAUCGCCUGACCUCCGAUAUAGAUGUUGUGAGGCUACGCGACACUCUGCCAAAUGUGGUGCUCGAUUACCUGAUACCGGAUCCCCUUUAUAACCACGUUAAUUUCAUUUGGGGAAACGACGUGAAAACAGUGAUAAAUGAUCGUAUGGUGGAAAUCAUGCGGAAAGUGGAUAACGGCGAGUUGUAGGUUUAUUUUUAAAAAUUAUUAGAAUGUGCCAAAAAGAAAUCCAAAUUUAUUUUACGUAAAUAAAGAAUACCUUUUUCGUAUUAGAAAUAACCACCUAACAAAUAUAA